AUGAACUAUGAAAUAACCGCGCAGACUUGUCAACCCCGCUUUCAGACGAUAACGGUAACGCCGAAAGACUCUAAAGUGACUCUAAAAUGCUCGAUUAAGACUGGUAAAAUGUGCAAGAUUUGACCUGGCAGGGCCUUGAAAGAAACCUCCGAGCCAGUGAAGGGCUAUACUUACUACAAAACUAUUCGACGGAUGUAAAUCAGUCACGUGGAUGUUUUUCUAUAAAAUACGCUAGUGAGCAUUUUCUCCUUUUUCCUCUUUUGUAGUUCAUGGUUUAUAUAAAAACAUCAUGAUUGAUAAUUCUUUGUCUUCUUUUUACACGACUGUAUUAUGAAUGAUCCUUGAAGACCUCGUAGGUGGCUGACGGAGAUUUAAUUGCAUGGUAACGGCAGCCCUUACGGUUAGAGUAAUAUCAUAAAGCGGUUGAAGUUUCGUCCGGCUGAAUCACCUUCAACGUUAACAAACGCACUUUACUGAGUCCGUAAUUCAAAAUCAACAUAUGAACUGCAGUAAAGCAUUAACGAGUUUGUUUUAGAAAAGUGUCACUUAAAAAAGACAGAUCACUCUAUCUUAAAAACUAACUGAGUGGAUGACUUAUCAGCUUGGNUGCGAGUCGUGUAUCAUAUACAAUCUAUCAUUGAUGAUUUUUGCCCGUCUCUCUUUCCAGAUUGCGUCUUCCCUCUCCCCUAUUUUGAAGGUUUUUACUUCAUCCUCCCUGUUAUUAUUAGGUCUGUUCUCCUUCUCCUUUAACAUAAGAUGUUAAGUCACGACCAGCCGAUUUAAGCUAAAUAAAUAUUACAAUUAUAACAAAACGGAUUCCUCAAUAAUGUUCAAAUUAUUGCUUUAUAGCUUUGGAAAAAAAAAGUUGAGCGCGUAAAUAGGUUAGGGUUAGUCUGUUAAACUAUUGGAAGACACGGCCGUUUAUACUGGGACGCAGUCAUUUAGGCAUGAACUAUGAAAUAACCGCGCAGACUUGUCAACCCCGCUUUCAGACGAUAACGGUAACGCCGAAAGACUCUAAAGUGACUCUAAAAUGCUCGAUUAAGACUGGUAAAAUGUGCAAGAUUUGACCUGGCAGGGCCUUGAAAGAAACCUCCGAGCCAGUGAAGGGCUAUACUUACUACAAAACUAUUCGACGGAUGUAAAUCAGUCACGUGGAUGUUUUUCUAUAAAAUACGCUAGUGAGCAUUUUCUCCUUUUUCCUCUUUUGUAGUUCAUGGUUUAUAUAAAAACAUCAUGAUUGAUAAUUCUUUGUCUUCUUUUUACACGACUGUAUUAUGAAUGAUCCUUGAAGACCUCGUAGGUGGCUGACGGAGAUUUAAUUGCAUGGUAACGGCAGCCCUUACGGUUAGAGUAAUAUCAUAAAGCGGUUGAAGUUUCGUCCGGCUGAAUCACCUUCAACGUUAACAAACGCACUUUACUGAGUCCGUAAUUCAAAAUCAACAUAUGAACUGCAGUAAAGCAUUAACGAGUUUGUUUUAGAAAAGUGUCACUUAAAAAAGACAGAUCACUCUAUCUUAAAAACUAACUGAGUGGAUGACUUAUCAGCUUGGAAAUUAAGACGAAAAAUUGCUUUUCAGUUCCAGUUCAGAGAGUACUUAAGACAAGUUCUCCAGUGGAUUACUAUCCUGAUACGACGCAAAUUGAACUUCAGUGUACCUUUAAGGGACGGCCUCGUCCUCGUGUUGCUUGGUACAAUCCAGAUAGUAAACUAGUCAUCAACGGAUCUGAAAGCUUUUAUUUCUACGAGCAGCUGUUUGGAGAGGACACCUUAUCUUCUGUUCUUCGAAAUCCUAAUAUCCAAGAAAAACACGCAGGGGCUUAUAAAUGCACAGGGAUGAACAACAUUACUGGAUGGUCGAGUGAAAACACUGGGAUAAUUGAAAUGCGUUAUCGUUGUAAGUGA